AUGGUGGCCAUGAUGCUGUGGGUGGCCCUCAGCCUGUGUGGCUGGCUCUCCCUCUACGCCUGGUCCUGCCAUCACUACCGAGAGCGCCCCUGUGAAUGGAGCUGCCGACUGGUCACGUUGACUCAUGGCGUCUUCGCCACCUGCCUCUCCGGCUACAUUGGGUUUAUUGACGGCCCCUGGCCAAUGACUUACCCAGGGUACCCAAACACGGUACUUCAAGUCUACGCGUUGUGCAUCAGUUUGGGUUACUUCCUGUUUGACCUGGGAUGGUGCGUCUACUUUAAGGCUGAAGGACCUUUGAUGUUGGUCCACCAUUCUGUCAGCAUCCUGGGCAUCAGCGCCUCCCUGGCCUUGGGCGAGUCUGCCGCCGAGGUCAACGCCGUCAUCUUCGGCAGCGAACUCACCAACCCCUUCCUGCAGGCCCGCUGGUUUCUGCGGGAGAAGGGGCUGUACCCCAGCUUGAUAGGAGACGUGGUGGACUUCCUCUUCGUGGUGCUCUUCGCAGGCAUGAGGAUCGGGGUCGGGGCUUGGCUGAUGUACAGCGUGCUGCUGUCACCCAGGCCCAGGGUCUUCAUCAAAGCGGGAGGUUUCAUCAUGUACGCUGUGUCGUGUGUUUUCAUGGUCAGCAUUUUUAGGUUUGCCCGGCGUAAAACUGUGAAGAAAUAUCAAGCCUGGAGGGCUUGGUGGAACAAAGAGGUGGACUUGAACGCCAAUGGGUAUCUCAAGAGUCACUGA